AUGGAGCCAGCUCAGAUGCUGGUGACCUUUGAGGAGGUGGCUGUGUAUUUCACCCAGGGACAGGGGUCUCUGCUGGACCCCGCUCAGCGAGCCCUCUACAGGGAUGUCAUGCAGGAGAAUUACGAGACGGUGACCUCGCUGGGAUUUCCCAUUCCCAAACCUGAACUGAUCGCCCGGCUGAAACGAGGGGAAGAGCCGUGGGUGCCCGAUCUCCAGGCCUGCGAAGAAAGAGAGAUCCCGAGAGGCACCCACACAGGUGAUGAGAGAGUGAGUGAGAAUGAAGAGGAGAAUCAUGAUGCAGAAGUUCCUGAACUAAUUACUCAUCAGAGAAUCCACACAAGAGAGAGACCCCAUAAGUGUUUAGUCUGUGGAAAAAGUUUCAUACAGAGGUCAUCCCUUGUUAAACAUCAGGCAAUCCACACAGCAGAGAGACCCCAUAAGUGUUUAGUCUGUGGAAAAAGUUUCAUAUCGAGAUCAGACCUUGUUAAACAUCAGAGAUUCCACACAGGAGAGAGACCUCACAAAUGCAUGGACUGUGGGAAAAGUUUCAUACAGAGAUCAGACCUUGAUAAACAUCAGAGAAUCCACACAGGAGAAAGACCUCACAAGUGUGUGGAGUGUGGGAAAAGUUUCAGAAUCACAUCAUACCUUGUUUUACAUCAGAGAAUCCACACAGGAGAAAGCCCCCAUAAGUGCUUAGUCUGUGGAAAAAGUUUCAUUCGUAGAUCAGACCUUGUUAAACAUCGGAGAAUCCACACAGGAGAGAGACCUCACAAAUGCGUUCACUGUGGGAAAAGUUUCAUACGGAGAUCAGACCGUGAUAAUCAUCAGAAAAUCCACACAGGAGAGAGACCUCACAAGUGUGUGGAGUGUGGGAAAAGUUUUAUACAGAGGUCAGAUCUUAGAGCACAUCAGAGGAUCCACACAGGAGAGAAACCUCAUAAGUGUUUGGAAUGUGGAAAAUGUUUCACACGGAGAUCACAUCUUAUAGAACAUCAGAGAAUCCACACUGGAGAGAGACCCCAUAAGUGCUUGGACUGUGGGAAAAGUUACACACAGAGAUCACACCUCACUAAACAUGGGAGAAUCCACAUAGGAUCUAAACUUCUGUGACACAUGGCCAGAAACG